AUGGUCACCGUAGCAGUCGCAGGAGGAACAGGUGGGGUAGGCAGAACGGUUGUUGAGGAGUUGGUCCGACAAGGCAAGCACAAGGUUGUCAUUUUGAGUCGACAGUCUAAGCCACUCCCACGUCUAGAGUCUGUUCCGGUAUUCGCAACUGACUAUGAUGACAUCGCAUCCACCGCGGCUCUUCUCAAGAAGCACGACAUCGCAGUUAUCAUAUCAGCUUUAUCGCUUUUCACCGAAGAAGUAGGGGAGGCACAAAUAAAACUUAUACAAGCAGCGAUCAAUUCCAACACGACCAAACGCUUCAUGCCUAGCGAAUUCGCGUUUAACUAUCUGCGUCCUGGACUUCUCGACUUUCAUGCUGCAGCCCAGAUGCGGAUCGAUGCUUGCAAUCUUUUGCGCAAUUCGCACGUCGAAUUCACGCGUUUCAUCUUUGGCUGGUUGUUGGAUACCUGGAAUCCGAAGCGCGCCAAGACUCACAUGCCACAGAUGACAUGGGUCCUCGAUUUUGAAAGUCGGCAAGCAAGACUCCCAGGAGACGGAAAGGCGCCACUUACAUUAUUACAUUCAUUGGAUAUUGCGAAGUAUGUUGCUGCAUUGAUAGAUGAAGAAAAACCGUGGCCAGAGAUAAGUGCUUUCGCUGGUAGCACAAUGUCAUUCAGCGAAAUGGUCGAAAUAGCAGAAAGAAUCCAGGGUCGGAAGUGGGAAGUAUCAUACGAGCCCGUUGAGAACCUAGAGAAGAAAGACAUUUUCGUUUUUAAGCAGCCAGAAGACUCUUAUGAUUUCGGAGAUGGGCUUCGAGAGAUAACGGCUGAGUUUGGUCUUAUGGUCGUCAAAGGAAUUAUGGACGCAAACGUUGAAGGUCUACGGAACGAGGACUUCCCAGAUAUCAAGCCAAUCACAGUUGAGACUUGGAUACAAGACAUCUGGGGCAAGUAG